AUGUUCUCAUCAAUAUUUGGUAAGCGUAGAUCUCCUGUGGAGGUCGAAGAAGAGACUCCUCCGAUUCCUGGUGCGCGUUCCGAUGAUGGAUUCGUCGUAGUUGAUCCUAGUUCGCCUAGAAACAGUUUGUAUCCUAACGUUGCUGGUGGUGGCGGAUCAACUCCAUACGUGCCGCGACCAGCGCCGCCAGCUCCCACAAGAACUGCUUUGGUUGACCCAACGUUUCAUUACUUGCAAGGAGUACCGUUCGCCAUGUCUAAAACUCUACAAAUGGCAUCGAAAAAGGAUACGUUCGCUACAGAAAUGGCAGAUCUUCUCGCUUUUCUGACUAGCAAAGUCAAUAUGAGUGGAUAUGAAUAUGAUUUCAAUGUGGAACGCAGUGUCUUGAAAGAGUGUUAA